UCAGAUCAAUAUGGAUUUCAAACACCUAUAUCCGAAAGCUGAGAGUUUAUUAUUAAAAUAUGAUAAUUUUUCUGUAAAAAUUAUACCAAUUUUUGAAGACGAAAUAAAGGACCCAACUAGUCGCCAGACCUUAAGCGAAAUGAUGAAUAACGGACAAAAUUUAUCCGAAAAUGGACGUGUCUGUGGCAUUUUUCAUUUAAUUCACAGCCUUCUUAUACCAACAGCUAAACUCAUCACUGGCAGUGGAUCACAGAAGGCCAUUUCUCGUUUUUCUAUUCGGGACUCCCAAGCUAGCUUUCUUUUAGUUGGAUCAAGUGUAGCGGCAUGCGACGAAGAGAUUCUCCGGAGACAAAAAGAAAAAAAAAAAAACAUUCAACCACUGGUUAUUGUUACUGGACCAAUUUUGGAUCCUAAGGACAUUGUUGUAUUUUUCGAUGGUAUAAAGUUCAAACAAAAUUCAAUUAUUUUGGCAAUCGAUCUGUGUUUCAAAAUUUUUAAUUUAUUUAAUUUGGAAUACCCUACUGGUUCAAGUUUGGUUUGGGCCUUUAUUCGAAACUUUUUUUUAUAAAAUUGAGACUAGUUAUGAUAACAACCAUCCAAAAGUAAACUCACUAAUAAAUAAGUUAAAUAAAUCUUAAGUUCAGUAAUUAAUACAUACCUAUAAGUACACACACAAGAGAAUAAAAUUAAAACAUAUUCUUGUAUUUAAAAAAAGCUAUUUGUUUGUUUGUUUUGGUUAUUUACAU